CAGCAGCAGCAGCAAGCAUCUCAUCUCCACGCCACGACAGCUCUGGUAUCAACGUCACGCCAAGCAGAAGAUACCAUAGAGUGGCACCGCAACGUCAGUAGUGAAAUGCGCAACUACCUCGUACAGAGACUGGUGCAAGCCAUUCCCCCCGACCCGGAGCCCAUCACAAUGCAGGACGAGAGCCAGAACCUGGUCAACUAUGCCAGAAAAGUCGAGGGAAACUUGUUCAGUAUGGCAAGCUCACAGGAGGACUACUUAACACGGGUAACAAUGAUGAUUCAAGAGCUAGUUGAGGGCCAGAUUCGUAUUGACGCCGCCGCUCGUGCGUCCAGUCCAUGUCAGCAAGCUAACAGGUAGAUUUAGCCUCCGUAAACUGAUUUUAAUGAUUUUUUUUUAAUAAAAUUUUUUAAAAAUACUGCGUUGGAAAAAUUCUUGCUCACCGUUAAUAAAUGGGAUUCU